UGACGUCACUAAAGAAGUCACAAUGUACGAUUAGCAAAAGGCAUGGUUUUCGUUUCUGACAGUGACUGACAGAGGGGGGCAAUGAAUCGAUGCCAGUGUUUUGUGGUAAUGUAAUACGUGAAUUACUAUAUGUUGUUUUUCUAGUGAUAAAUUAUUAACAUUUUGUUACGCUGAUCUUAGAAAUGAUAUUUAGGCUUCCGACAAGAAACGUUUUGUGUUUCAUAACUGAACUGAGUCCUAUGUUAAAACCACUCCACAACAAUACAGUGUAUUAACUGGUUUCUAAAUCUUUGAACAGCAUUGUCUAUGCUACUGAUUCUGAAAAAAGUAUUAGAAAACAAUACACCCGAGCAAAUAAGAGAUUUUAUGAGAGGAACUCCUUCAAGUAUACAACUGGCAUCCAGUUUCCAAAGUUCAGGGGUAUCACACAAUACACACUCUUCCUUAGUUUUAAUUUACACAUGCAAUCUUAAAAUUUGAACCUAGCUGAAAAUUGUCCUACUUGGCUAACCAUUACUGGUACCAUUAAUAAGAUCACAGCCAAAUAAGUCAGCAGUAAUUCCACUAAAUGAUGCAGUAAAGGUUUAGUCAACAUUUUUAAGCAUGGGAACACUCCUUAUUUCAUGCACUUUAAACAAUAUAUAUCCAUUAUUGGUGCGUUCAAGGUCCAGUUGUUUUGCUGUUCAUAAAAAUGUCUCAUCAUUUUUUAAAGUCUGGGUGCCACUUAAAGUGCAGAGGUUUUCAACACGAGUUGGGAACAGUCAUGAAGGAGAUAAUAAGAGACCAAACACAAAGCAAAAAGAGCAGUCGGGCAAAGUACCGCAUGCUUUACCCAAAUCAGUAUUUGCAGCUGGAACUGCAAGGAAAAAAGCAGAGUUUUUGAAGCAGAAAUGGGGGAACGACUUUGACAAAGAGCUAAAAGGACCCAGAAAGCCUAAAGAAAACAACAUCCCAAGCCAACCACUCACAGCAGCCCAAUGGAAGACACUGAAGGAUGAUGCCAGGGCCAGCCAUCAUUUUGAAGUGAGCAUGAUGGAGAAGAUGUUAGCUGCCAAUAGUGACAUUGAUGUGGCCAAGUCCCUUCUGGCCUACGUUGCUAUGGAGACAGGGACAGUUAGCUACGAACUGCUGCUUAGGUACUUGACACUUUGUGUUCAUGGCAACCAUGAAUCAGAGGUCUUUGAUGUGUAUGAUAUAAUGAAAAAACGGUUCAAGACCUUGGAAACCGGGGCUUACAGCCUCUUCAUUAAAGGGUUCAGCAGGACAGAGAAGUGGCGAGAAUGUCUAUUGCUCUUAGAAAGCAUCAAGAGGGUCAUCACCCCCUCCCCUCGCAACUAUGGAUAUGCAAUCAACGGUGCUCUCUUACACAGUGACAGCAGGACUGCUUGGGUUUUGUACGAAGAAAUGGUGGAGAAGGGACUGACUCCCAAUCAGGAAACCUGGCAGGCAUUCUUCGACAGUGACCUUUCAGCCCAUGACAGUGAAAGCAAGUUGUCGUCACUUCUGUUGUAUAUGAGGAACAAUCAGAUAUAUCCUGGAGAGGCACUGGUGAAAAGCAUCAAGGCGUGGUUUGAAAGUGUUCCAGGUAACAAAUGGAAUGGAAGUUGGACAACCCCUGAAAACAGUGGCCACUGUAGGAACUGCUGUUCAAGCCUGGAGUCCAUCCAGCUGACUGAGGAAGAGUAUAACCAGUUGAAGGAGAAGGUGAUGAAUGAUGUCAUACAGGGCAAAGACGUGUUUAAGAAGACAACUCCUCAGCUGCUGGAGGUAGUGUCUCAUCUGGCCCAGCAGAACCUGAGACUGCUCGUUCUGGGUCGCAAGCACAUGCUGAGGGGAUCUCGCAGUUGGGACAGGAAAAACAUGUCUGUUAUUCAGCAAAAGGCAGACUGUUUCUUCACCGACAACAUUUCAGAAGAUGAUCCAUUCCUGCUGUAUGCCACCCUACACUCAGGAAACCACUGCAAGUUCCUGAGUAGAGACCUCAUGAGAGACCACAAGGCCUGUCUGCCCGACAGCAGCACCCGACGCCUCUUCUUUAAGUGGCAGCGCGGGCAUCAGCUAGUUCUGUCCAGCUACACCGCUGGAAGGAGGAUUCGCUUUGAGACUGUGCCCAAGUAUGACACUAUAAUCCAGACAGAAGAGAACUCCUGGCACAUUCCUUAUGAUGAAGACGGAGUGGAGAGAUACUCUUAUGAAGUGCCAAGAAAAUGGUUGUGUCUUGAAAUGAAAAGAUGAGGAAAGCUACCAAAAUGUGUAUUUCCCUGUGUAUUUUUAUUGAAAGCGCAAAACAUAUUUCAGUACUAUAGGAGUGUAUUCUGAAAAAUGGUGUGUAUAUUGAUAAUAGGGUUACAUAUUUUGUGAUAUAUAAAACAAACAAAGAAAUGCCCUGCUAGGAACAAAUUCUGUAAACAAAUAUUCUAAAAAUGUGCUUGGACUGUAGUUCUGUGUACAACUUUCUGUAUGAAACUUCAUUAUCUCAGUAUUCACAUCCAGAAAAUAAAGUUAGAUAAAAGAAACAACCUAAUGAUCUGUUUUUAUGAACUAAAUUCAUAAUCCACCAUUGAACAUCAGUUGAUAUGGUCUGCAUUUUAGGGUUUGUAUAAAAGCAGUUGAUGUAAAGAGAAAGAAGUUCAACUACAGAUCUCUAUUUGUGAAUAAAAAAAACCAAAUUUCCCCUAAAAUACCUGCAGCUGCAUGGGUUAAGGGAAGACAGGCUUCAGUAGUCACAGUUUGCUUGGGAUGAGCCCAGUGAUCCUUUUCAAUUCUUCCUUCACCAAAAAGCACAGUCACACGCCUAUUAAAACUCCAAAUGUAGCUCACCUGCCACUUUUCAAAAAGGUAAAUGAGAAAAAACAAACAGUUAACUAUAGCAAUCUAUGCUCAGCAGGAAUUAACAAGUGGUAGUUAAAUUGUCAGUUACCUUCCUGGCAAUGAGUUUAACUCAGUGGGUGUGGUAUUGACUAUAUUUAGGUGGUACAGAUAGAUUUUGUAUAUGUCUCAAAGAGUGAAUAAAUGUAAGCUUCCUAUAGUUUAGACAGAGCAGAACAAACCCCCUACCUACUAUAAAUGGUUUAGUCCGAGAGUACCUAAUUUCAUUAUCAAUAACAUUUAUGUGAACCAGGGUGUCCUAAUGUAUUAUGAUGUUAUAAAUAUGUUAAAUAAACCAGUCUACUUCAAAAUUGUUGUCCUGCUCACUUUGAACUUUAUAUUAUCUUAAACAAAGAACAGUAACUUAAUAAAACAUAAACUCCCUCCACUGAAAAGUGAGUUUGCAUAUAUUACCUACUAUUAAAGGAUCAGUUUUUUAUAUUGUUCUAUUGUUAACUGACCUAUUUUACAGUGUAGAUUUCCUGUUAAGAUAUGUAUUUUUACAACUAAUUGUUUAACCAACAUCAACUUCCUGCCAUGUGUGUCAGUCUUACUACAAAAAUGAA